GUAAGUGUGUUGCAGUGAGAUAGACGAUGGGUGUCGACACUGGAGGUGAACUUUGCUAGCCAGAUGCUAACAGUCGCAGCAGCACAGCAAGUAGCGAUAACGCCAGUGACUGUUGUAUGACAUUUAGGACUAUAGUUAUAACAUGUUCUAAGAAAAAUAGCUUUUGGGACAGGAUCCUGUCUGGACAUUGACAGCAGAAGAGAGUCAGGCUAAAGUUAAAUAACUUAACGUUACUAGAGUGAAUUUACUAACGUUAGCUAGCUGACGAGCAUUGCCAGAAAGUUAUGUGUUCAGCCUGGCAAUAUUAGUGUCUAACGUUACUUACUACCAUUAGACUUUUAAGAACCGUUCGCAGAUUGUCACAGAAAAUAUUUAACAUGGUGUUCCUGAAGCUGGCAGGUGUGACUAUCACCUCCAUCACUCCUUAACGGACUUCAAAGGCAGUAACGUUGGCUAAAAUUAACCAGCUUCAAGACGGCAACACCAGGGGAGAAACUGGACUCCGCAUCCAGGUCAAAGAUGGAGUUCGCAGCGGCUCAUCCAGCUCUCAAAGCCUUUUUGUGUGGCUCUCUCAGCGGCACCUGCUCUACACUACUCUUCCAGCCUUUGGAUCUGGUCAAGACACGGCUGCAGACCCUACAGAACAAUGCCAAAUUGGGUGCACCAAAGGUGGGGAUGUUCAACGUUUUAUUCAACGUUAUCAGGACAGAGAAUUUCUUCAGUCUGUGGAAGGGAGUUUCACCAUCAUUUGUGCGCUGCAUCCCUGGGGUGGGCAUCUACUUCAGCACCUUCUACUCCCUAAAGCAGCACUACUUCCUAGAACGGGCACCCAAUGCUGGCGAGGCUGUUCUGCUUGGAGCGGGUGCCAGAACUGUGGCUGGCGUCUGCAUGCUGCCAUUCACAGUCAUCAAGACACGCUUUGAGAGUGGCUGUUACAACUAUGUGAGUGUGGCAGGGGCUCUGAGGAGUGUGUAUGAGACGGAGGGAAUCCGGGCCCUGUUCUCAGGGCUGACUGCCACGCUGCUCCGAGACGCGCCGUUCUCCGGCAUCUAUGUCAUGUUCUACAGCCAGGCCAAGAAGGCGAUGCCUCAAGAGGUAACUUCGUCGCCCUAUGCUCCGCUGGUGAACUUUAGCUGUGGGAUGGUGGCAGGUGUCAUGGCGUCGCUGGCCACACAGCCAGCGGACGUCGUGAAGACCCAUAUUCAAAUCAGCCCAUCCCACUGGAGCACUAGAGAUGCUGUCCGCUACAUCUACAUGGAGCACGGCAUGAGCGGGUUUUUCCGUGGGGCUGUACCCAGGUCUCUGAGACGCACUCUGAUGGCUGCCAUGGCUUGGACUGUCUACGAACAGCUGAUGGCAAGAAUGGGCCUCAAAUCCUGAAGAGCAUCAGGGUUGAGCCACAAUAAUGAAAUAUGAGAGGACUGAAAGCCCCAUGAAAGUGCGUGCGUGUGCGCAUGUGCGUGCGUGCACGUUAUUUAAAUGUUUGUAAAUGUGCCAGUUUGUGGG